AUGCGAGUCCAAUUGCUUCCCCUGUUGCUUGCGGCUGCCUAUGCUCAGAUCUCUAGUCUGAGUUUUGAUGGCGCAGCUGUCAUCAGUCUGCUUUGGAGCUUGGAUAGCGAGCCGAACUCGGCUUAUAAUUUCUACCUCUGUGCCGGAGAUGAGACUACCGAUUCAUAUGACACUCUAUCGCCAGUCAUUACCAAUCGCGCCUAUGCUCCUGGUGACAUGGUGUCAUUUCAAGUUGAUCAAGGCAUCGGUGGGAAUGAACCAAAUGCAUACUUCUUGAAGAUAGUUCAGGCUGGAUCUCAUGAAUAUUGGUCUGGAUUCACUUCCCAUUUCACCUUGACCAACAUGAAAGGUACCUUCUCAAGGAGAGUAACAGAUGCAAUCAACGUGAUGCAGCCAAAGCCCGCCAUCGCCAUUCCCUGGCCUGUUCAAGACAAUCAUAUUGCGGGAAUUGAUUCUGAUUUCAACACGACCCGAGCUUCUUCGACCGACAUGGUCUUGCAGUUCCCAACUCCAACCGUCACAAGCGAAGCACAUCGUGAGUUGAAACGACAGGUGGCUGCUGCUGGCGUUGGAGGCGUCGGUGGCGCUGUUGGCGCUGUUGCUGUGGUUGACCAGCACACCGUUCCAUAUGGCGAGCAGACUGGCUCGAUCAAGUACGCCCCGAUGCCUAAAAGCGCGGGGACUACCAUCGCAACUAGAACAGCCAGUCCUCAAUAUCCACCAUUCCCGUUCGCCAUUGCCACUACCUACCUAGGUGCGCCAAACGUCCUGUAUACAGACAUGCUCUAUCCAACAUGGACGGCGAACAGCAUCGAAAACACUGCUGCUCCUGCUCCCGCGCCCACAUUGGACAAAAGAAUGCAGAAAUGGUUGGACCGGUGGAGGGAUUGA